CUUGCGGUUGGAGCGCGAGUUCUUUUCACAUACCAACCGGGAGAGAGAGGAGAGCGAGCGCACGGCAGUGCCAGCCAUGGUCAGCGCUUUGAGAGGACACUGUGAAAUCAACCGGGAGGGACAACAUCCUAAACAUGGAAUGCGACUGAGCAACAUUGUAUCUUUCCUAGCUGUCUGACGUUCUUUUUCUGCUCAACCAUUGAAGAGGAGGAGGUUUGUCGUUUACGAAUUUGAUUCCAGAGCACUUGGAACACCCCUAUCUUUAUUUCUCUCUCUAUUUCACCCUCUUUCUUCGGGUCUCCCCAUCUUCACAUUGAAGAGUGGAAAGGAUAUUGGAAAGGAUAUUUCGGUUUAUUGGAAUUAUAGCUGCUCUGAAGAUCAUCUCUGGUGUUUUCUGGGAACAUUGUCUUGGAUGAGAACCUGUGAGCAUCAUGAGUACCAGUGCCUAUCAGCAGGGCUCUUUGGGCGGAGAGCGGAGCUCUGGAUCAAUCCGGUGCCAGCGUUGUCGGGAGGUGUGUAAGGGAGAGGUGGUGCGCGUUCAGGACACACACUUCCACGUCAAAUGUUUCACCUGCACAGUGUGUGGGUGUGACCUUGCUAGAUCUGGGUUCUUUCAGAAGAGUGGUGAGUACAUCUGUACGUCAGACUACCAGCGUCUGUACGGGAUGCGCUGUGACCGCUGUGAUGGAUUCAUCACCGGGGAAGUGGUCUCCGCUCUGGGGAGGACCUACCACCCUACCUGCUUCGUCUGCAGUGUUUGCAGGAAGCCGUUCCCUAUCGGAGACAGAGUGACGUUCAGUGGAAAGGACUGUGUGUGUCAGCAGUGUUCUCACACACUCGUCACCUCCAACGAACCAAUCAAGAUCCACGGACCCAGCCACUGUUCAGGGUGUGGAGAGGAUAUAAAACAGGGACAGUCUCUGCUGGCGUUGGAGAAACAGUGGCAUGUCAGCUGCUUCAAGUGUCACACCUGCAACAUGGUCCUCACUGGAGAGUACAUCAGCAAGGACAACGUGCCGUACUGUGAGUCCGAUUAUCACGCCCAGUUUGGGAUUAAGUGUGAGACGUGCAGCAGAUACAUCAGUGGACGGGUACUGGAGGCGGGGGGUAAGCACUACCACCCUACCUGUGCCCGCUGUGCCCGAUGUCACAUGAUGUUCACAGAGGGAGAAGAAAUGUACCUGCAUGGUGGUGAGGUGUGGCAUCCUUUGUGUAAGCAGGCGGCCAGAGCAGAGAGAAGACUCAGGCACCGACGUCUGUCAGAGACCUCCAUCUCUCCACCGAGUUCGUCUAUUGGCUCUCCCAGUCAUGUCAUCUGUUGUUUGAUUGGUGUAGGCCUGGGCUAG